AUUAAGAGAGCCCUAGAAUUCCUCCGACACUCAGCCCCGAGAAAGUGAAGCAUCGAGACUAAUGAUGAAGCGUCUGAUCCCAACGUUCAACCGCAUCCUGGUGCAGAGAGUCAUCCAGCCUGCCAAAACCGAAAGCGGCAUCCUCCUCCCUGAGAAAGCCUCCAAGCUGAACUCGGGUAAGGUGAUAGCAGUAGGACCUGGAUCAAGGGAUAAGGACGGGAAAUUGAUUCCAGUUUCUGUCAAGGAAGGCGACACUGUUCUUCUCCCAGAGUACGGUGGUACUCAAGUCAAACUCGGAGAGAAAGAGUAUCAUCUUUUCCGAGAUGAGGACGUGUUGGGGACGUUGCACGAGGAUUGAGAAGGCUUAAAAAUCCAACAUACGAGAGAGGUCUUGUUGGCGUUUUUUUCAUGUUAUGUGGGAAGAGAACAAACAAGUCAUUUUAUAAGUUUAGUUUAUCUUCAAAAGUUGUGGUUUGACGUUAUCAUUGAGAUUUAACCUUAAUGUACUAUUUUAAUCUGUCAGUUUUUUUUUUAAAUGAGCAUCGAUCUUAAGAGCAAGUUAACUCUCGUGUGUUGCAUUUUGUGAUUACUCUUGAUAUCUUUUUUUGUUUGUUACCAAAUUCCAGUACUAUAUUCUUUGAUCAAUCUAUAACUAGAAAUCA